CGUAUCAAGUUUGCGAUUUAUUUUAGAAAAAUGGCAAUGCUAAAAGCAGAUCAUAAAUAUGCGUUGGUGAACUACGAGCAGAACUCGAAAACGCAGUACAAAAUUGUGGAUAACUCGAAACUUGCGGACACCGAGAAACCGAACACGAAAUGUUACAUUUCGAGUGAUCAAAACGAAUCGUUCACGUGUCUCGUCAUAACGACAUCCAAUGAUGAGAACGAUCUGAAGAUCUUAAUUGGUCACAUGUUAGCCAAAAAUUUGGAUAACAUCACUACAGAGAAUGCAGCGCAAGCGAGUUACACUCCAACGAGGAAUUACAUUGUGAAAGAUCAAUCUAAGAGGACAACAAAUGGAAAUAAUGAUGAUCCGACGAUCACUUUAGGGCCGAACGGGAACACACUUUCGGGAUGUUGCAAGAAUCUUAUAAAUUGGGAUAGUUUCCAGUCCGCGACCAACGGUUUACUCAACGUUCUAUUCACGAAGGACGUUUUGGCGACGCACGUAUUGCCAAGGGGAAGUAAUGUCUCGCCCAAAUUAGAUCAGCGUAAAGUCGACGAUUUAGUUUACUUUGUGACUAGUAAAUACAACGUAACUGAAGAAGCUGUGUUCAGGGAGAUUUCGUACCGUUGUCAUUACGAAUACAAGAUGUAUAUGCAAGAACGGUUCUAUCAAAACCCAUGUAUUUAAUCUUGUUGGCAUCGUCAACUUUUGUAACUUGAUUUAUUAUUAUAAUUUUUGCAAUUAUUUCAAUAAAACAUAUAUAUUAUUAUUA